GUUAAGACAGAAGAGCGCGAGCAGCCCAAUCACUGUCCCCGCACAGCGUGUCGUCACACGUCCUGCAAUCUGCUUUGAUUUUAGAGCCGCUUGCUCAGACUGCCGCUGGAUACAUUGUAACAGUGAUGAAGAGCUUCGGCGGAUUACGAGCCGCUUUUCACAUAUUCAGAAGAGACCUCCAUCAUCAUCACUGUGUGGGAAUAAUAGGUGCACCUUUCUCUAAAGGACAGCAGAGGGAUGGUGUGCAGAGAGGAGCAGACCUCAUUCGAGUUGCUGGAUUGGUGCAGAAACUUAAAGAGGAAGGUUGUGUAGUGAAGGAUUAUGGGAAUCUGACGUUUGAGGACGUUCCCAAUGAUGAGCCAGUUGGCAGACUGAAGACUCCGAGAGCAGUCGGCCGUGCCAAUGAGCUGCUCGCAGGAGCUGUGCAGAAGGUCAAGAGCGAUGGAAACACUUGUGUGAUGCUGGGAGGAGAUCACAGCUUGGCGAUUGGUUCGAUCUCUGGUCAUGCCGCCUCAAGACAUGAGCUGAGUAUUUUAUGGGUGGAUGCACAUGCAGACAUCAACACACCUUCAACCACGCCAACGGGAAACAUUCACGGCCAACCGCUGUCGUACCUCAUCCAUGAACUGCACUCAAAGAUUCCCAUAAUUCCAACUUUUUCAUGGUUAAAACCUUGUGUAGCAGCUAAGGACAUUGUCUACAUUGGGCUCAGAGAUGUGGACCCGGGAGAACAUUAUAUCCUGAAGUACCUUGGAAUCAAAGCCUUCUCCAUGACAGAAGUUGAUCGGCUUGGAAUAGCAAAAGUCAUGGAGCAGACAUGCGAUCACAUGUUUUCAAAGGUGAAAAAACCCAUCCACCUCAGUUUUGACAUUGAUGCACUGGACCCAUCAGUGUCACCUGCAACAGGCACACCUGCAGGGGGAGGCCUGACCUACAGAGAGGGGAUCUACAUCACUGAACACAUCUGUCAGACAGGACUUCUCUCUGCUGUAGACAUGGUGGAAGUGAACCCAAAGCAGGGCAAAACAGAAGACGAAAUUAAAUCAACAGUAAAUGCUGCUGUGGAUCUGUUAUUGGGCUGCUUCGGACGGGUCCGUGAGGGGUCUCAUGAUCCAGAUUACAAAAUCCCAAAUUUAUAAAUCACAGGCUUUAUUAUAUAUAUAUAUAUAUAUAUAUAU